CGACGUUACCUCGCAUCAAAAGCAUACGCACGCGCUUCCGCGCCUAAACAAGUUCACACACAAGGUCAAACUUGCCUCCACUCUGGGCGUUGCACCGUGAUCAUGUGACAUUGACUUCGACUUGCAAAAAGAGCAUGGAAGAGCUGUAUGAGUAAGAUCAAGCUCAGAUCAUCAUGAUCGUCAUAGAUAUACGGCGGGUUUGGUUGCGAACCCACGACAAGACAUUAGUCUUGACGUCUCCCACGUGAUGUUUUGUUUGCUCAUGGAGUCACCUGUACACUGCCGGCGAAUUGAGACGCCCGGAGCUAGAAAUGCGGCUCCGUCUUUUCCCAAUUUCUGUCGUCACCGCCAUUUCCUGUUUUCUGCAUCUUUUCUCACAAUCCGGAUCCUAAACGUAAGGAGCGAUUCAAAGAAGGCUAAUUCUGAUCGUGAUUGUCGUCUUAAUUUUUGCUCCUUUUCGACUUUUGCUGUUCGAAUAUAUUCAUCCCCGGCGACCAUGGGUCACACCAAGCCACACGUUCAUCUCCCCUCAAUGACGCCUAUACAACGACUGUCCAUUGUGAUUGGCAUUUCUUUCUCUUUCUUCAUCACGGAGAUUUCGAUUGGGUUCUUCACCGGCUCCCUCGCCCUCAUCGCAGAUGCCUUCCAUUAUCUCACUGACCUUGUCGGAUUCAUCGUAGCAUUUGCUGCCAUCCAAAUCUCCAAUCGGGUGACAUCACCCAAAGGCUUCUCCUUUGGCUGGCAGCGUGCACAAUUGCUAGGUGCAUUCUUCAACGGAAGCUUUCUUGCAGCACUGGGCCUGAGCGUGCUACUGCAGGCUGUGGAACGGUUCGUGAACAUUGAGCGGGUCGAGAACCCCAAGUUGGUUCUUAUUGUGGGAUGCGUUGGCCUGGCGCUGAAUAUCAUCUCUGUCGUCUUCUUGCAUGACCACGAGCACGGGCAUAGCCAGGGAUCUGACGAUAGCCAUAUCUACUCUCCACCCACUGUAUCCAAUCGGACAAGUGCAGCAGAGGCAGUUCGCUUAUCUUUCACGGUGGUCAGAGAAGGUGUUCACGCCACACACCGACAUACUACGAACGAGCCAUCAAAGUCUUCUCAUCGCAAUCUUGGCCUGAUGGGCGUCCUGCUGCACGUCAUUGGAGAUGCUAUCAAUAACAUUGGCGUAAUCAUAUCUGCAUUGAUAAUUUGGUUCAGCAGGUCUGAAUAUCGUUACUAUGCUGACCCCGCUAUUGGCAUGGCGAUUGCUUUCAUGAUUCUAGGUACUUCCAUUCCAUUGAUUAGACGCUCGGGACGUAUCCUUCUCCAAAGUGGGCCGGAAGGGGUAGAUUUGGCAGAGGUCAAACAAGAUAUACAAGAGUUGCCUGGUGUAUCGUCGGUGCAUGAUUUGCAUAUCUGGAGACUGGACGAGCAGAAGACAAUCGCAACGGCGCACGUAGUCACAGAGGAUGAAACGUUGGAGGGCUUUAUGGAAAGAGCUAAGCAGGUCGGAGAAUGCUUGCAUGCCUAUGGCGUACAUUCUUAUACACUCCAACCUGAGCCCAAAUCAGCCCUCUCAACCUUUUCACGAGUUGUCUGUAACGACAGCGAGACAGGGGCAGCAUUAUGUGGCCGAGAUGCGGUUACAGGGCGCGCAGGCCAUGAAGGUGCCCAAGAAGGGCUCAGGAACAGGGGAACAUACUGUCAGCUUAAGUGUGAGGCGAAUCCGUGCAAAGACUUGCAGUGCUGUGACGGAUAGUGAAUGGAGUUUGUGGAAGAAUUUCAGUUCUUACCGCGAUGAUAGACGGCUGGGUCCUUAGCAUUAAAUUGACUUUUAUUCCCGAGAAAGGCC